AUGAGAAAGCGACAUGAUGGAGUACGCGGGGACAUAGGGUUCGAUUACGUACGUUGUAGGUUGAGGUCAGGGUCCAUAUCAUCAAGACAUCAAGCUGCAAAGGAAAAUGGAAUUGUUGUUGCUUUCAAGCGACUGGACCACUUGGUGGAAUUGACAAACAAGCUGGGAAAUAAGAUUGAGGCAGCUACUCUACACGUUAUUGGCAAAAAGGCUGUGGAAGAAAAUCGUCUAAAUUCCAAGAUUUCAACAAAGUGUUGGAAUAAUCAUUCGUUUUUCAAUGAGCCCCAAGGAUUUUAUAAUCAUCAUCCUUUUGUGCCACCACAUCGAAAUACAUUGGAGGAUACAUUCCAAAACUAUCUUCAAGUCAGCAACCAAUUCCUUCAAGCCAAUAUUAAGGAUGAUGCAGUGCAAACCAAAACCUUGGAGGAAACAUUACAAGCCUUCAUGAAAGAGCAAGCCCAAAUCAACCAAGACACCAAGCGAGAUUUACAGGAGUUGAAAGACGCACUCUAUAGAAUUGAGUCCUAUUUGCAGAAUGAUAUUGAGAAUGAAAAUUUUUCUGACUCAAUGACUCAAUAUGGGGAGAAUGAAAUUGAAAAUCCUCAAAUGGAUGAGGAUGAUAUGUUUAGCGAUGUUGAAGAAGAUGCAGAUGUCCAUAAACUGAAGUUGGAUUGUGCACUUGGAUUGGUGGUGAACACCUGGAAGCCGUUUGAACAGCCACCUCAUGAGCUCAACCCAUUGCCAUCAAAUGAUACUGUGCAAAAGGAUAACUUAAAAUCCUUGCCAGGAGCACGCAAGUAUGCGCACUUAAAAUUCAAUGAUGACUUUCCCUAGGUAAGUUCAUCCAAACUUGAUGCUUUGCAAGGUGGUAAGUCAUUUGAUGUUUUGUAUGAUUAUAAAAGCAUGAUGGAUUGGAACAUUGCUGAUAAGAAAAAAAUG